AACCGCAGCAGUCCAGGACUCAGAGCCAUAAAAUUUUUUGAAACAUUCAUCUUGUCUUAACAUUGUGAAUAUACUGCAUAAGAAAGGAAUACAUCCAAAGAAUCACUUAAAAUGGAUUUCUACAAUACACAUAUGACCAAAAUCUCUACAUUUUUCAUUCUGCUUGUUGCAAGUCUAAGUCAGUGGACAGGAGUUGAAGGCUGGUCGUACCACCGAUCGGAGGUUACCAUGGACUGGGCAGCAGCCCGUAACUGGUGUAGGGAACACUACACCGACAUGGUGGCCAUUCAAAACCAUGAUGAGAUAGAACACCUCAACAGUAUUCUCCCCCAGGUGGCAGGAUACUACUGGAUCGGUAUUCGCAAAAUUAACAGUACCUGGACCUGGGUGGGAACCAAUAAGCCUCUGACAGCAGAAGCUGAGAACUGGGCUCAAGGGGAACCUAAUAAUGGACGCAACAAUGAGGACUGUGUGGAAAUCUACAUCAAGAGAAAACAUGAUGCGGGCAAGUGGAAUGACGAGUCCUGCAAAAAGCAGAAGACUGCACUAUGUUACACUGCAUCCUGUCAGAUAGACUCCUGCAGCUAUAAGGGGGAGUGUGUUGAGACCAUUAACAGCCACCGGUGUGAGUGUUUUGAGGGCUUUUAUGGAGAAAAGUGUGAACAUGUUGUCAAAUGUGACGAAAAGGAAAUCUUUGAUCCUGAGCAUGGCGGCGUCCAAUGCCACCACCCUAAUGGAGACUUUUCUUACAAAUCUGAAUGCAAGUAUUCCUGUCAUGAGGGCUACCAGUUGGUGGGCAAAGAAACAACACAAUGUAUUAAGGCAUGGUCCAACAAACGCCCAACCUGUGAAUUAAUCCAUUGCUUUGAGCUGAAUAUGACACUUCAUGGAGACAUACAGUGCAAUCACUCACUUUCACCCUUCAGCUAUCAGUCCUCCUGUGAGUUUAGCUGUGAGGAAGGGUACACACUAACAGGUUCCAGCUCCAGCUGGCUGAUAUGUGAUGCAUUUGGGAACUGGAAUGAUUCACAACCCACCUGUGAAGCUGUCCGCUGUCCGACUAUUGAUGCCCCAGAGAAUGGGACAAUGAGCUGCAGUGGAGAGAGAUAUGGGAGCAGAUGUGUGUUCAGCUGUAAUGCCGGGUUCAGACUUUUGGGCGAGUCAGAGCUUACAUGCACCAAAACUGCUCAGUGGAGCCAGCAGACACCUUCCUGCACAGCCGUUCAGUGUCCCGCUCUCCAGACUCCACAGAAUGGCCGUGUGUCCUGUACAGAUGAGACUCUCAGUACAGGCUCCAUAUGCAGCUUCACUUGUGAUGAGGGCUUCAGUCUGGAGGGGGCAUUGAGCAUAGAGUGUACCGGGAGUGGAGAAUGGAGCACAGAUGUCCCCAGCUGCACAGCUGUCCGCUGUCCGACUAUUGAUGCCCCGGAGAAUGGGACAAUGAGCUGCAGUGGAGAGAGAUAUGGGAGCAGAUGUGUGUUCAGCUGUAAUGCCGGGUUCAGACUUUUGGGCGAGUCAGAGCUCACAUGCACCAAAACUGCUCAGUGGAGCCAGCAGACACCUUCCUGCACAGCCGUUCAGUGUCCCGCUCUCCAGACUCCAGUGAAUGGCCGUGUGUCCUGUACAGAUAAGACUCUCAGUACAGGCUCCAUAUGCAGCUUCACUUGUGAUGAGGGAUUUAGCCUGGAGGGGGCAUUGAGCAUAGAGUGUACCGGGACCGGAGAAUGGAGCACAGACCUCCCCAGCUGCACAGCUGUCCGCUGUCCGACUAUUGAUGCCCCAGAGAAUGGGACAAUGAGCUGCAGUGGAGAGAGAUAUGGGAGCAGAUGUGUGUUCAGCUGUAAUGCCGGGUUCAGACUGUUGGGCGAGUCAGAGCUCACAUGCACCAAAACUGCUCAGUGGAGCCAGCAGACACCUUCCUGCACAGCCGUUCAGUGUCCCGCUCUCCAGACUCCACAGAAUGGCAGUGUGUCCUGUACAGAUGAGACUCUCAGUACAGGCUCCAUAUGCAGCUUCACUUGUGAUGAGGGCUUCAGCCUGGAGGGGGCAUUGAGCAUAGAGUGUACCGGGAGUGGAGAAUGGAGCACAGACAUCCCCAGCUGCACAGCUGUUCAGUGUCCCGCUCUCCAGACUCCACUGAAUGGCAGUGUGUCCUGUACAGAUGAGACUCUCAGUACAGGCUCCAUAUGCAGCUUCACUUGUGAUGAGGGCUUCAGCCUGGAGGGGGCAUUGAGCAUAGAGUGUACCGGGACCGGAGAAUGGAGCACAGAUGUCCCCAGCUGCACAGCAGUGAGAUGUUCCUACCUCCAGAAGCCAACCAAUGGCUUUAUCAACUGUUCUUCAGAGGAAGCUGUCUUUAGCACUUCCUGUUCCUUCACCUGUUUCAAUGACUAUCAGCUUAAUGGUCACAAGAUGGUGAUGUGCAGCCUUAAUGGCAGCUGGACUGGAGAGGUGCCUGAAUGCCAGGCUCAUCCUGCUACCUUCAGCCCGUCUCUGGUGUCUGGCCUAACCAUAGGUGUUGGAGGCACGACUGCACUUUCCAGCCUCGCUCUUGUCUUCUCGAUACUAAAGAGACUCAGAAAGAUGAAAGCUAAGAAGUUUGACAUUAGGUGAGUUUUGCUCUUUUUUCCAACAUAUUUACACAAUGUUUAUCAGUAUGUGUGUGCAUUGUGUUGAUGUUCUGAUGUUGCCUUGUGAGGCUGACCUGUCUUAUGUUUAUUUUCUUUAGUAACUCAGACAUUGAGGUCCCACACCAAGUAUACAAAAGCAGCACAGACAGUCUCAUCUAGGUCUCCAUCGAUACUAAACUGUGGACAAAGACGUUCCUACUGUAGCGUGAAUGAAUGUGCUCCUUGCUCAAUUCCAGAUUUUGUAUAGUACUUUUAUCAAUUGUCACAGAGCAGCUGUAUAUAAAUCCAAUAAUGGGUUUAGAUUUAGAUUUCUAAUGAGAAAGUCAGAACCUGAGACGAAAUCAGGAAAAAGACUUGAGAGAAAGCAGACUCAAAAGGGAACACAUCAUCCAUAACUCUAUAGUAGAGAGACAAAACUGCUAAGUUUGUUGAAAAAAUCUUCAGUAUAAGCAUUAUAAUUAUUAUCAUUAGUUUUUAUUUCAAGGAAAUCUAAGAGGACGAAGCAGGGAGUAGCAAUGACUGUAACUAGAAAAGAGAGAGAGGUCAAUGAACUGAGGUUGAUCCUCAGUCCUCUGUAGUUAUUUAAUAUACUGUACUGUGUACUUUACAGUGGAAAUAUUUAUUAUCUUAUUUAUUGAGCAUAUUGUUCUAUGCUGUUUUGCUAUUUAUGAAUUUUAACAUGAGCUACUGUAUGUUUGAUUAUUGUACUGUAUAUCAUUUCUUACUGUUUUAUAAUUUUUUAUGUGUAAAUCAGUUUUGCUUUUUGUAGCCUGUUUGUUAAAGAGCCAAACGAGUCUGUUCUGUUCGAAUGUGAAUUGUCAAUAAAAAUAAUAAUGAGAAUAAUAAAUAUAAUUA